CGCUCACUCAUCUACUGCUCUUUCUCAGAAAAUUCCUCCUCUACUCUCUCUCACUAUAUUUCUUUCCUUUUCUUCUUCUCUCUCUCUCUCUAAAAAAAUCUCGGAUCCUCAGCUCGAACCCCACUGAAUUUUCCCUGAAUCUCAUCCUCUUUUGUUAGAGCUUCUUCUCUUAUAAAUUUACUUCACCUUUAACACGCUUCUCUGUUUUUACCCUUUAUUUUUCCAAAAAGCAAAAGUGUUUACUGUCAAUGGCUGUGCUUCCGGUUAAGGCUUUACCGGUGGGAUAUAGAUUCCGGCCGACGGACGAGGAGCUGAUCGAUCACUACUUGAGGCUCAAAAUCAAUAGGCGGGAUAAGGAAGUCAGUGUUAUUCGUGAAAUUGAUGUUUGUAAAUGGGAGCCCUGGGAUUUACCUGAUUUAUCUGUGGUAGAGUCUACUGACAAUGAGUGGUUCUUCUUCUGCCCUAAGGAUCGUAAAUACCAAAAUGGUCAGAGAUUGAACCGGGCUACAGAGAAAGGUUACUGGAAGGCAACUGGUAAGGAUAGGAAUAUAACUACCCGAAAGGGAGUAAAGAUCGGGAUGAAGAAGACUUUGGUUUUCUACAUGGGUCGUGCACCCGAUGGAAAGAGGACUAACUGGGUGAUUCACGAGUAUCGUGCUACUGAUAAGUCUCUGGAUGGCACCCACCCUGGUCAGGGCGCCUAUGUACUCUGCCGUUUGUUUAGAAAGGCUGAGCUGAAACAAGAUGAUAUCACUGCAUCUUCAAACAUCAAUGAAGUUGAAGAGAUAAUUGCUUCUCCUCCGGAAGUUCGAUCUGUUGAAGAUGAACAAUCAGAACCAGUUAGUCCAAGUUUAGGUGGCAUGGUUGAACCACGACCUUCUAGUGUCGAAAGCCAUCAGACUUUAAGUACUCAGAAAGCUGCAGACAGCACUCCAAUACCUCUUGAUUGGCAUAGCAACAGCGGCAUUGCUGAUGAGAUGGAGGACAAUGUAUUAGACAUUAAAUCUAUUCCUCCUAACCCUGAGCUGGAGAAAUUAUUGAAUGAAUUUUGCUACCCUGAGCAACAGACAACAGAUGGGAAAAUGUUUUCUCCAUUGCAUUCCCAGAUGCAGUCAGAGCUUGGAAACCCGUACUUCUAUGGAAACUUUAAUGAUGAUAUCAGUGAUAAUCAACAAACUAUCCCAUUCCAAUAUGGAACCAAUCCUGCUGACGAUAUUGAAAAGUUCUUGAACUCUGUUUUUGUUGAUCCUGAGGGGCAGAUUAGCAGGUUGGAAAAAGAUAGCAACUCAUGUAGUGAAUCGGAGGGAGAGGUGUCUCAGAGACAGGGUGAUCUGUUUAUGCUACCAGUUGAGUCGUUUGAGGACAAUAUCAAGCAAGAGUCUCCAUUCCAGAGUGAAGUUUCUUCUGAAAUGCCAGCCGUUGAUCAAGAUGGCCACAGUUCUUAUGUUAGCAGCAGUUUAGACCAAGGGAACUUGGUUUACGCAACUAACUUCUUUGAAUUCCCAAAUGAUUUCACAACUGACUCUUCUGGCAAUUACAUCGGACACAUGUCAAAUGUUGAAAACACUGGUCUCUAUAGCCCUGCAGUCGAAGACACAACUUCCGGAACUGGCAUUGUGAUAAGGAAACGCCAGAUUCCUAAUCAAAGUACUGUGCAGAACACUGCAUUACAUGGAACUGCUCCAAGAAGACUUCGUCUGCAGAUGAAAUUACAAGUUGGACCUGUUCAAUGUGGCCUUCCUAACGAGCAAACUAACUCUAAAAUAGAGCAAGAAAGCGACACAGCCCAGGAUGAUGAGAAGGCUGCUAGUGUCUCCGCUCAUGAAUCGGGGGCUUCAACUUCUGUUGAUGCAAAUUGCGAUGGAAACUCAAAUGAUACAACCACAUACCCGGAGGUUAAAGCCGAAUCACCAUAUAGUAAAUCUGAAGACACUCUUUCACAGCGCUCCGGUUGUGCACUUUCAGUUUCUUCAUUGAGAUACAUGCCUAAGGUACUCAUGGCCAUGAGUCUCAUAGUCAUGCUUAUUGCUGUGUGGGCAUAUUCAACCUCCUACAUGAAACUAACUAGAAAGUAAUCAACCCUUUUUUGUAUAGGACUUGAGUGCUUAUAUAUAUUUUUAGUUCAAUAGGUUAACACCGGCGCCUGAUAUUUUGUCGUUUUAAAGCUAAAUGUUAUGCCUGGAUGCUAUGGAUUUGUAUAUUGCUUAGCAUUAUGUGAUCGUUUCUGUAACAUAUAUCAAGAAUCUGGGAUUACUUUUUUUGCCCUA